CACUGAUGAUCAGUGUGCCCUGAUGAUCAGUGUAGCCCCAACAGUUCCACCUGUCAGUGUCCAUCAAUGCCUUAUGUCAGUGCUCAUCAGUGCCACAUCAGUGCCUACCAGUGCACAUCAAUGCCACAUAGCAGUGCCCAUCUGAGCUGCCUUUCAGUGUCACCCAUCAGUUGCCGCCUAUUAGUGCCAGUCAGUGCUGCCUAUCAGUGCCAUGUAUCAGUGCUGCCUUUCAGUGCCCACCAGUGAUGCCUGUCAAUGCCCAUCAGUGCCACCUACCAGUGCCUCCUCAUCAGUGCCCAUCAGUGCCACCUAUCAGUGUCCAUCAGUGCAGCCUAUCAGUGCCCAUCAGUGAAGCCUCAUUAACGCACAUCAGUGAAGGAGAAAAAUCACUUAUUUACAAAAUUGUAUCA